AUGCUCAGCAGUCCAAGGAGCCCAGCAUGGGCAAAGUUCCAGUUUUGGAUCAUCAAUUCCGAAGGAGUGAAAACAAAAGGCAUGAAGAGCCCAAGAUACUUCAUGUUCCUGCAAAAUGAACACUGGGUAUUCAGACAGUUCAUCCUCCAAGAUUUCCUCUUGUCCCAGGAGCCUUGGAUACUCCAAGACGAUGAGCUCAUCCUCCAAUGCAAGGUGACUGUGGUGCAAGAUGCUUUCGGCAUCUCUGAGGAGAGAACGACGCCAGGGAUCCAGGUUCCAAGGUACACUAUGGCAGAUGAGCUAGGAGAGCUGUGGGAGAAUUCCCUCUUCACAGACUGCUGCCUGGUGGUAGCUGGCAAGGAAUUCUGGGCUCACAAGGCCAUCUUUGCAGCUCGCUCUCCAGUUUUCAGAGCCAUGUUUGAACAUGACACGGUGGAGAGGAGAAAAAAGCAGGUUGAGAUCCACGAUCUGGAGCUGCGAGGCUUCAAGGCAAUGAUGGGCUUAAUUUACACCAAGAAGGCACCAGACCUCCACUACAUGGCAGAUGCUGUGCUUGCAGCUGCCGACAAGUAUGGCCUGGAGAGUUUGAAGGUCAUGUGUCAGGACGUCCUCUGCAAGGACCUCUCUGUGGAGAAUGCUGCCCACAUUCUCAUUCUGGCUGACCUCCACAGUGAAUGGCAGCUGAAAACAGAGGCCAUGAGUUAA